AUGUCUGACCCAGUUUACAUUGUUGCCGCUGCUAGAACACCAAUUGGUUGUUUUUUGGGUUCCCUUGCGUCUCAAACCUACGUCGAUUUAGGUUCAACCGCCGUGAAGGGCGCUCUCGCUCAAGUUCCUCAAGUUGAUGCCAGUGCAGUCGACGAGAUUUUCUUUGGGUGUGUGCUAUCAGGAAACGUUGGUCAAGCUCCUGCUAGACAGGUGGCCCUCAAGGCGGGCUUAAGCAACCACAUUGUAGCUACAACGGUCAACAAAGUGUGUGCUUCGGGUAUGAAAGCGAUUAUCUGCGGUGCACAGGCGAUCAAGUGUGGUACAGCAGAUAUUAUUGUUGCAGGUGGUGCCGAAUCAAUGACCAACACUCCUUACUACGUUCCAUGCGCUCGUAGCGGUGCCAAGUUCGGUAGCACAACACUCGUGGAUGGCGUUCAGCGCGACGGUCUAUUCGACGCUUACGAUGGACAGGCCAUGGGCGUCCAUGCUGAAAAAUGUGCCAAGGAUCACAAGGUCACACGUGAACAGCAGGACGAUUUUGCCAUUAACUCUUACCAGAAAGCACAGAGAGCCCAAGCAGACGGGAAAUUUGACCGUGAAAUCGUUCCCGUCACCAUCAAAGGAUUCCGUGGCAAGCCAGACACCAUUGUCAGCAAAGACGAAGAGCCAGCCAAACUCAAUGCCGAAAAGUUGCGUUCUGCAAGAACUGUUUUCCAGAAGGAGAACGGUACCGUCACCGCACCUAACGCAUCUCCCAUCAAUGACGGUGGUGCUGCAGUGGUCCUUGUUUCUGAACGCAAAUUGAAGGAAUUGGCACUUACCCCGCUUGCUGUCAUCCGUGGUUGGGGUGAGGCUGCCCACGAACCAGCAGACUUCACCUGGGCGCCGUCUCUGGCUGUUCCAAAGGCUUUGAAGCAUGCCGGUCGUGAAUUGAACGAGGUGGAUUAUUUCGAAUUCAAUGAGGCUUUCUCCGUCGUUGGCAUUGCAAACCCAAAGCUUCUAGGCAUUCCUCUCGAGAAGACGAACGUCUACGGUGGUGCCGUCGCACUCGGACACCCAUUGGGUUGCUCUGGUGCCAGAGUCGUCGUUACUUUGAUUUCCGUUCUUUCUCAAGAGAACGGAAAACUGGGUACCGCUGCAAUCUGCAAUGGUGGUGGUGGAGCCUCUGCAAUUGUCAUUGAACGUGCUUAA